AUGGUUACUAUGAAAAUUAUAAUCGCAUCAAUUGGAGGAACUGUAGGCGCGUUUAUAAUUAUAACAUGUGGAUUUUUAUUUUAUAGAUGGAACAGAAAUAGGAAUGAACAACCUGGAUUCAUUAAUGGGGAGCAACAUAAUUUACCUGGAAGACGUUUAGCUCAUUCUACUGCCCUUGUUGAAAAUAAGCUGUAUUUUUUUGGCGGAUGUGUUGAUAUUACUAAAUCAUGUACAAAUCAAGUGUUUUAUCUCGAUUUAUCUCAGUCUUUUAAUUUAGCUGCUCCACCUUGGGUUUCUCUCACGCAAAAGGCCGGUAUACCAUUCAAAAAUGAACUUUUAUCAAGCCUUUAUUUUAUGUAUUUAAAUUCCUUAUCGUGGCAUGCACCUGUUGUCGAAGGAACAUCACCAGAAAGACGCAGAAAUAUUCGUGGUAUUAUUUAUAAUACCGGAAAUAUAUAUAUAUUGGGUGGAUUUGUAGACAAGGCUCUAGCUAGAAAACCGUAUCAUUCUUAUACUACGACACUUUUAUCUAAUGGAGUUAUUGUAUAUAUUGGUGCAAGUGCAAACAUAACGACAAAUUCUGGAUCAUCAAAAACGCAAUCAUCGCCAAUUAGUUCCAUAAUUGUUGCUAAUAAUGAGAUGGUUACUAUGAAAAUUAUAAUCGCAUCAAUUGGAGGAACUGUAGGCGCGGUUAUAAUUAUAGCAUGUGGAAUUUUAUUUUAUAGAUGGAACAGAAAUAGGAUUGAGCUAGAUCCAGGAGAACAUAAACUACCUGGAAGUAUUGUUGAGAAUAAUUAUAAUAGUCCUGGAUUCAUUAAUAGGGAACAACAUAAUUUACCUGGAAGUAUUGUUGAGAAUAAUUAUAAUAAUUAUAUAGCGUAA